UCAUCACCCUCUUAACAGCAGGACCAACAAUCUCUCUAUCAUAACCGACUCUGGAUCACAAGUCGGGUCUAUUCUUUGGUCCACUCAUCGCCUCAAGAAGAAACUGGACCCUAUUUUCUUCACGCAUCCGUUUGAAACAAAAAGCAUCCCGAAGAAAACAGAGAACUCAGUUCCGAGUACAUUAUGAGACAACUCUCCGUUUAGAUAACCUGGAAAACUUUUUUCUGGAUACCACCGCCGUGAGCAGUUCUUCGAACUUCACCAGAUCUAUUAAGGAUCCACCUUUGGACUUGAAUGAAAGCCUGCAGAGAAUCGAACAUGCGUAUCAUUGGUUCUACCGAGUUUGUGACGAGUGUGUUGAUCUCGUUCAUCCUGCUCAUCGUCGCUCACGUUGUGGAACCCGGAGUCAUCCCCUCGAGGUCGUCGUCGGCGGCGUCACACCGGAAGCAGUCGCAAUCAUUGCCAUCGCAAGAUGACCUGUCAGAAGAACAGGCCAUGAAUUUCUUAAAAGACUACGGGUAUAUCGAAAUACAACUAGCAAAGAACGCAUCUGAUGGCGAUGGUAAAAUAUCAUCAGACCAAGCGAAGAUGCCGUCCUCAACACAAUCAACAGACCGAGGACAGUCAAAACCUGACAACGCCGACUGGAAAAAGGGCAUCAAAGCUUUCCAGAGACGUUACCACAUACCGGUCACCGGGCAGAUUGAUUCAGCUACUAAAGAACUCAUGACUAAGCCCAGAUGUGGCGUCCCUGACUACCAAGUUCAGAUCAAGCAAACCGGCGACGGAAAAAGCCAGGACGUAUCCUCGUUAACAGAUGAAUCGAAACAAUCGGCAGAAGAAGACAAGUCUGGAAUUGUGACUUCUCCAGCUAUGAUCACAUCCACGGUAAUAGACGGUAAGCAGUCGGGGAAAUCAUUCUUAGACCCUUUAAGCGAAAGUGCGAAAUCUGGCAAGGGAAUGAACAAGUUCCCAUAUCGACCGCCCUCUGUGCCUGAAGUAAAGCCAUCUCCUGAAGACAUUUCAUGGGGUCAGUACUCAAUCGUAGAGGUCAGCUCUGAAGACGAUUUCGAAGAUUCUGAUAUGGUCGAUGAGGAGGACGUCGAAGACGUUCCGACGACGCCUUUCCCAGAAGAAGAAAUCGACGGAACGACGAUGUUGACUUACACCGUCACCGAAGUCGUAUCGGCUUUGGUCAGUGAGCUUGAUUCCAAGACAGCACCUUCAACCCCAAAGUAUCCUCUAAGUGACAAUAAGGACAAAGAUGAGUUGAUUGGGCCUCGCCCCAAACGUGACAUUCGAGAACUUCUCCGACAGAUGAUUAGCGAGUCAAAUCAUAGACAGCGACGCGACUCACAGGCAGGUGGUCAGCCAUCCUCAUCGUCGGGUUCAGGAUUGAGAUUUUCUGCCAGGGAUCUUCCAAUCACCUGGCGAGUUCUGGAUGAUUAUCCUUCUCAGUAUAUCUCUGAUACAUCGAGUAUUUUCACAGCAGCUUUCAGGAGAUGGGCAGAGGUCACGCCGCUCACCUUCAGGGAGCAGACUUCAGGUGACGUCCUCAACGUCGAUAUCUACAUCGCCUUUGCUAAUUCAAAUGAUCUUUCCGACUUCGGAGACCACAGAUGGUCAUCAGGGCAGUUGGCUCUCUCGGACGUGGCGAGUAGUCACAUAUUCUUCAACGAUAAUAAGCUCUGGACAGACAGGUCUGACCAAGACUACAACCUGCAGUCGGUGGCCACCCAUGAGAUCGGUCAUUUCCUAGGGUUAGGUCACAGCACCAAUGUUUCCUCCAUCAUGUAUCCGAUCUAUCGCUCUUUUGAUGGAAAGGUGACCAUAGACAGUGAGACCAAAACUGCUGUUCAGGAUAUCUAUGGAACAUGCAAUAACUCGUUAGACACUGUUUUCGACUGGAUGAGGUUGAGUUCGAGCAACCAGUGGACAUACACCACCUACUUCGUCCGAAAUAGAUGGAACUGGGUGUACGUAAACUCCAGGAGCGAGGUCAAGUAUGCUGAGCCAAAGCUCCUCAGCAGCCGCUUCAACGGUGUACCCGACGAUCUGGAUGCCGUGGUCCAAAACGUUGAUAAACCAAGAGACGAGAUGUACUUCUUUAAAGGCAAUCGAUAUUGGAGGUUCAACCACGCAAGCAAAUCAGCUUACACUGGCACAUACGAGGGUGUUAACUGGCCGACGAACGGUCGGCUUAUCUCUGAAGGUUGGCCAGCUAAAUCUGGUUCCAAUACCCGUAUACCUGACAACAUCGAUGCUGCCUACUAUGAUAAGAGGGAUAAUAAUUACUACUUCUUCAAAGGGAGCCAGGUUUAUGCAUACGACGUGGAAGAAGGUGGCUGUUGCGGAGACAACUACCCUAUGCCUAUCAGCACUGCCUUCCCCGGCGAGUUUCCUUAUAUCUCACCUUUAGAGGACAAUCUCGACGCAGCUUAUUAUUCAAUCAAACACAAGAAGUUGUUUUUCUUCAAGGGUGCCCAUUAUUGGGAGCACGCAACAUUUGACCCCUCUGCAUCCACGAUAUACAACAAAGUCAAAGAGCGAGCCUCUUGGGAUACAAGGUGGCGUGACGUUUGUGACGUAGAAUAGAAGCGCAUGGCGUCA